AUGGAGCUCCAAAUCACGGGGCCGUUCAACCAGCUGUCUACCGAGGACCUGGAAGUGCUGGACGAUGUGGCGCAGACGUUUUGCGAAGCGGUAGACAUCGUCUUGAAGACCAACUUCAAGUCGCAGAAGAGGGACGCGAGCCACCUGGAUUCCGCAACCAGGAGCACCGCCGCCAGGGUCGAGGAGCCAACCAAAAACCAGAAGAUCGCCGCCGUGUUCUGCCGGCAGUGGCUUGCCGCGGUGCUCAGCGAGCUCACACACCAUCUCGCGGAGGCCGGCUCCGACAGGUUCAACCACGAAGCCGCGGCUAACAUUGCGAGCCCGCGCAUGCUGGAGGAGGGCGCGGACGCCAGUGGCACGGACGACAUCGGCCUUUGCAUCGAGAACGCGCGCAUAUGCGGAAACGGGCAGAUCGAGGUCAACUACGAGCUCGACCCCAGCCAAGUGCCGCAGCACCUGAAGCCCAAGCUCAAGGCGCAGGAGCUGAUGCAGCUGAUACUGCAGGGCAAGCAGACAGAGCAGGAGCUGACGCAGAAGCUGGAGCAUUUCUGGCUGAACGUGCCGUCACUUCUGUGCCAAUACCUGGACCGGGAAGAGGACGAGGAGGCACGGGGUGACGACGAGAAUCGUGAUGAGCAGCCAGCGGCCGCUGACCACACCGACGCACACGAGGGCAGUGACGCCGAAGCGGCGGGGGACGUUAAUAACGAAGAAUCGCAAACGACGCAGCAGCUGCAGCAGCAGCAAUCGUCCGAGCCUGCCACGGCGGUGCAGGCUGCGGAGGAGGAGGAAAUGGACGGCCAGGUGCCCUUCGACGAAGAGGCCAUCGAACUUCUGGAGAACAUCGCACGCGGGUUCGCAAACCCACUGGCACCCGAGCACGUCCCAGGCGAGGAUGUGCAGCAGAAACUGGCGCAGAUAGCCGAAAGGUCCAAGGAGCUCGGGGUGCACGGCAUGGACACCUAUAUCGCACUGUACAACAAGGUCAACAAGGAAAUCGCCAACGUUAAGAAAAUGGCCAAGUUUUUCGCGAAGCUCGCAACCGACGUCUCACGUUCGCGCGGUCAAAUAGACACCAUGUAG